AUGUCCUCAGUUCCUCCUGGUGACAUCAAUACUCAACCGAACUCGAAGAUUGUCUUCAACGCGCCGUACGACGACAAGCACACCUACCACAUCAAGAUCAUCAACGCCUCCGGACGACGCAUCGGAUGGGCCAUCAAGACGACGAACAUGAAGCGUCUUGGUGUCGACCCGGCUUGCGGUGUUCUCGACCCCAAGGAAGCAACACUUAUGGCUGUGUCGUGCGAUACUUUCGACUAUGGGCGCGAGGACACCAACAACGAUCGUAUCACCGUCGAGUGGUGCAACACCCCUGAUGGAGCCGCAAAACAAUUCAGACGUGAGUGGUUCCAAGGUGAUGGUAUGGUGCGGAGAAAGAAUCUUCCCAUUGAAUACAACCCAUGA